AUGUGUGUGCAGAGGCAAUCUCUGAAGUCGACGGUUUAUCAAACAAUGUAUGCAUGUGUGUCGGCCAUACAUAGUUCGAUUGCAACUAUAAAACCAGCUGUUGAUGAACCUGAACAGAUGUCUAAUCACUGUAUUAAGGACUUUCAACUAACUGAUAAUAAUCAAAAGGUCAGUAUAGAGCAUGAUUUCAAACUUGGCUGUCAGUGUAGAAUUUUAGCUGCUGAUUUGGAGGGAGUUAAGCUCGAUAUAGCAAUCAUGUGCAGGUACAUAGAAACUAAGUUUCUUGCAGCUUACAAUUCACGGGAUAGUGAUAGUGAACAAAUAAGUGAACUUAAACACGAGCUUCUUAAGGAAAAGGAGAAAUGUAGUCAGUUGGAGGCUGAUAUAUCUAUUUUGGUUCGAGGAAGGAAUAGAAAGAUAAACGAAUUAAAAAAUACCAUUACCUGUCUCGAAAACAAACUUAAAUCAAGCGAUGUCAUAAAUGAAUCUCUAAGACAAUCGCUAAUGCAAAUUAAUUCAGAAAAAUUCAAUGGUGUAUUGAGUACCGAACAAAGCCUGUCAAACCAACCUGAACAAAUUAAUACUUAUAACUACAUCAUAGACACUAUAAAAUCGAUAGAAACUGCAAAUUCAAACCUAGGAAUUUGUUUACCAGGUGAACCAUUUAUUCCCGAAACUGUCAGCGUUGAAAGCCCCCUUGAUAAUUCAUGUUUAAUUGUCCAACCAGCAAGUUGUAAUAGAACCAACAAUAAACUCGACAACAAAUGUGAAAUUAACAAAGUGAAGUUAAUGGAGCAUAAUAUGAAUAACGACAAAAUCAGUAAAGCUAAGGUCUCGCGAAGUUACUCUCGACGCAAUCUUAAUUCACCCCCUUACUGUGAGCCAUUGUCGCUGAAAUCGCUUGGAAACUUGCCUCUUAUCGAAAUAUCCAAGCCAUUUAUAACUCAGAAGAAGGAAACCUUUUUAGAAAACCCAUCAAAUAUAUUGAAUGAUAAUACAACUAGCACUGAGACAGUUACUCAGCAUGUGUGCAUUGGCCAAAUACCAGCUGAUAUCUCUGAAUUUAUUGUCUUAGAAGGCGACGAAUGCAUGUCUGAGUGUGACAAUACUAAUAACUGUCCUUUUCGGCAGAGCUUUCCGGAGCGUCCCCCACCCUUGCCUCAUGUUCGAAGAGCGGAAUGGUUGGCGCAUUUAAAUCUUGUUCGCCGACUGACGGCAAAGUAA